AUGGCCGCAAACCUCGGGCAGCAGGAAUGGCAGCAGAUUCCAGACAUGCGAGAAUGGCUACGGAUCCCGAGCGGCAAAGCAUGGCAGUCUACUCCCGCGGCUUCUGUCUGGUUGAACAUGGAAGAAUUCUCAAGCACGUUGGAAGUCAUCGACGAAUAUAUCAUUGUCCCAGAAUCGACUUUACUUCCAACUUUCCAAGCAGUCCAGCAGUUCAAGAGCUUGCCAGAUUCAUUGGCGUUUCCGGUUUUACUGUCCUUAGGACAUCCAAGUCAGCACCUCUCUAGGAUAUAUUUUCGAGCGGACAUGAAGAUCGGACAUGCUAUAGCAUCUUUUAUGACCUUCGCAAACGAAGCACAAAACCAAAGUCAAUCAGCUUCCGGCGCUCUCAAGUACGCCCGUCAAAACUGGAUUAUGCAUCUCUUACAAGGUCUGAACCCAUGGGAUGACAAGCUCAAUCAUAUAUUUCAGUCUUUCUGGGAUCGAUGUUCCCUUUCCUGGCUCGAAAGGCAGUGGUGGUUGAAGGGCCUGCAAUCUUGCCUCAUUGUUUUGUCUGAGGGGCAGAAACUCGAUUGCAAAAGUGUGUAUAUCUCCAACCAUUAUCUCGAUUCGGAAGCAAAAUCCUAG